CCAAAAAAAAAGAGAGAGAGAAGAACACAUCGAUAUAAACACCAAAACCAAUAAUAUGCACAAAAAGCAUAAUAUGUUCACACAACAGCCACGUUCAGUAACCACAACAACAACAACAAUGGCGAAAAAACGAAAGGUUGGGUCAGACGAGAUGGCUCAGAACGGUUCGAACGACGUGAAGCUUAUCGGAGCGUGGCCGAGCCCAUUCGUCCUGAGGGCUCGGAUCGCACUUAACCUAAAGUUCGUACAGUACGAGUUUCUUGAGGAAGACAUUCUCAACUCAAAGAGCGAGCUUCUCCUUAAAUACAACCCUAUCCACAAGAAAAUCCCUGUUCUCAUCCAUGGCGGCAAACCCAUCUGCGAAUCCCUCAACAUCGUUCAGUACGUGGACGAAGUAUGGUCGUCCGAUCCCGCCAUCCUUCCGUCCGAGCCGUUCGAUCGUGCCGUGGCUCGGUUCUGGGACAUGUACAUCGAUGAACACUGCUACACAUCCAUUAAUGGCGUCGCCGGAGCAAAAGAGGACGAGGAGAGAAUAGCGGCGGUGGAGAAGCUACAAGGGUGUAUGUCCCUUUUGGAAGACGCCUUCCAGAAAUGCAGCAAUGGCAGAGAUUUCUUCGGAGGAGACAACAUCGGAUUCAUCGACAUCGGAUUCGGGUCAAUGCUCAGUCCACUUCGCGUCGUCGAGAAAUUUUCAGGCGUCAAAUUCCUGAAUCCGGACAAGACACCGGGGCUUUUCCGGUGGGCCGACAGGUUCUGCGGCCACGAGGCCGUCAAACAUGUCAUGCCUGACGUCGAGAGGCUCGCCGCCUUCGCCAUGCUCAAGUUCAACCGUUAAAUAAAGAAACUUAACUUAGUUCCGAUCUAUGCUUAUCGCGCGACAUAUGCUUCUAAUGAGACUAAAUGUUGUUCUUUUGUUUCUUUUAUUGUAUGGUUUGGGAUCUAAUAAAUCAUAUGACACCUAAACGUGUCGUUUUUCUCAUGUAAUAAAUCACAUGACUCAUUUUAAAAUUUA